GGAUGGCGGAAGUCUGACGUGAACAGAACAGCUGGUCCGUCCGUCUAGAUCAAAACAAACGGCAUCCCCACAGAAGGCAGCAAAAUGGCUGACGAAACUGGUAGCUCCGUGUCAGGGUCGGAACUGGCAGAAUCGACAAGCGACGAAUUGUUGGCUGAACCUGACGGACCCGCUAAGAAGCGCUUCAAGGCUGGCGAAAGAACGCCUGGCAAGUCUGACAAAUUGGAGCACAGGCUGGGCGGCAUUCUUUGCUGCGCGGUCUGCCUGGACCUGCCCCGCACCGCCAUUUAUCAGUGCACCAACGGCCACUUGAUGUGUGCCGGUUGUUUUACUCAUCUCCUGGCAGAUGCGCGUCUCCGUGACGAGACCGCCACCUGCCCCAACUGCAGGACAGUCAUCAGCCGUGAGCUCUGCUCACGAAACCUCGCUGUUGAGAAAGCAGUCUGCGAACUGCCGACCGAAUGUCAAUUCUGCGCCAGUGAACUUCCCAGAUCACAGAUUGAGCGCCAUGAGGCAGAACUCUGCGAAGAGCGGUUGACACGCUGUCGCUACAGUCGGAUUGGUUGCCAGUGGAGGGGCCCAUACCAUGAGCUGGAGGUGCACACCCAAGUGUGCUCCCAUCCUCACAAAUCAGGCGGAGAAGUGAUGGAAGCUCUUGAGCUCAUUGACCAGCAGAUCCACAAGGAGCAGAUGCUGUACAACACCAUCUUUGAACUGCUGUCAUUUGAGAAGAUCACUUUCAAUGAUUUGCAGUUUAAACCAUACCGCACAGAUGAGUUCAUUCACAAGCUGUACUAUGAGACAUCUCGCUUUACUGCCUUUGGCUCACAGUGGGUUGUAAAAGCACGUGUGAAUGACAAUCAGCGUGAUCCGACACAGUCUUGUGAGCGCACCCUCAGCUACCACCUUGUGCUCAAGAGCAAAGCUUCAACCACUAUGGGCAUCCACUACAUGGUGCUCAAGGGCCCAUUUGGAGACCUCAAGGUGAAUCCGCGCCUCUACCAGCAUGAAUUUACAGAAGCUGCCAUGGAGAGUCCGUAUCAACCACUGCCGUUGCUGGACUCUGCCGAAUGUAACAAACUGCUUGCUGCCAAAGCCUUCAACUUUCGCCUCAUCAUGUUUCAUGUGACCAAGUGAAACUGCCACCAGUCAUCCAGAUUUCAAGCACACUGUAUAUUUGACUUCUCUUCUUCCUGAAGAUCUGUAUCAAAUCCCAUGUGCCACAGAUUACUUCUGCCUGGUGGCUUAAUUUAGAACCAUUCCCCAAUCCCUUGUGUCACACAAAUAUAUCCACUUUCCUGUC